AUUCCCUCAAGCAAAACAAACGUAAUAGAGAAAUGCAACUUUCGAUUUCAAACUACGUCCACUUCUCUUUCCUUCUCGCGAUCGCUAUCACUAGUUGCAUUGCUCAUUGCGAUGCUUUCGCGUUGGUCGAAGGUUUCAGAUCUCGCGCAAAAGCGGAUUUGAUCGAGCAAGUGACAUCGGGGGCUUCCAACGACACAAUAUUGGAGGCUAUCCGCAAGGUCGAAAGGUUUUCCAUACUCGGAGGUGCCGACCUGAAAAACCCGUUGCUUCAGGGGAAUUGGUUGAUGAUAUGGACGACGAGCAAUAGUAUUGCUGGGAAGACCCGGCCGGUUUUGUUCCAAACAAAGACACCACCAGAACAAUUACUUGAUUUGGAGAAUGGGCGAGCCAUCAACGCCGAGAAGAUUUGGGGGGUUCAAAAUGCCGUCAAGGCCGACUUGGCUCCGCAAACCAAAAACCAGGUCAAAGUCCAGUUUCGGGAGUUUAGCGUCGGUCCCAUCAAAUUUCGGCCGGAUCCCGACAAGUUCAAGGGAGAACUUUCGGUUACUUACCUGGACGAAGACAUGAGAAUCAGCCGUGGGGAUUUGGGAAACGCUUUCGUGUUGUUGCGGGAAUCGACGCAACGAAAAGAAGCAGAUUUUAUUUGGAAAGAGUGGCGAAAAUCAUGGUGAGAAAACAUCCUCUUGAUUUAUUUAUACUACAAGAAUCCCGAAUGAGUCAGAGCGGCCACCAAAGGCAGUUUCAAACGUCUUUGCAGACAUAAAUUAGAACUCAUCAU